AUGUCAAGCAACGUUUCACAAUGCCACAUCAGUAAGGAAAUGGAACCUUUUACCUAUUUCUACUACUUGAUUUUUCUUAUGGGAUUUAUUGGAAGUUGUUUCGCACUAUGGGCAUUCACACAAAAAGAUCAGAAACAGAAAUGCAUGAGCAUCUACUUAAUUAACCUCUUAACAGCGGAUUUUUUGUUGACUUUGGCACUGCCAGUAAAGAUUAUUGUUGACCUAGGAGUUGCAUCCUGGAAACUGAGAAUAUUCCACUGUCAAGUUACAGCCUGUUUCAUCUACCUGAACAUGUAUUUAUCGAUUAUAUUUUUGGGAUUUGUAAGCAUGGAUCGUUGCCUUCAGCUAACGCACAGCUCUAAAAUCUACCGCAUUCAAGGGCCUGGAUUUGCCAAGAUGCUGUCUGCAGUCGUCUGGACAAUGGUUCUCCUUAUAACAGUGCCUAACAUGGCUAUACCAAUAAAAAACAUUGAAGAAAAACCUGGCGCAGGAUGCAUCGAUUUCAAAACAAAAUUUGGAAGAGACUGGCACGUGUUUACUAAUUUCAUAUGCACAGCUAUAUUCCUGAAUUUUUCAGCUGUGAUACUGAUUUCCAAUUUCCUUGUUGUUAGACAACUCUACCGAAACAAAUACAGCAAGAGUUACGCAAACGUGAAGAAAGCCCUCAUCAACAUACUGCUCAUAACGGCGGGCUACCUGCUGUGUUUUGUUCCAUACCACAUUGUUCGUAUCCCCUACACUUUGAGCCAAACCGAUACCAUAACCAGCUGCUCUCUGAAACAAGCUCUCUUUAAAGCUAAAGAAUCUACCUUGCUGUUUGCAGUAUCAAACCUCUGUUUUGACCCUAUUCUGUAUUACCAUCUUUCCAAAUCAUUCAGAUUGAAAUUUACAGAGACUUUUGCAGCACCCAAAGACACAAAGGUUUUCACAGACGAAGAGGCGGAACACAGAAGUGAACAGCAGAUGCAAAAGCCCUGA